AAAGAGGCUGUGAAUUAAUUUAACAAAUAAGUUUAAUUACAACCGUAACAAAACAAUCUGUAGCAAAAUAUUGACAGAUCAUAAUCUCAUACAUACAGGAACCUGAGUUUUGAGGCACGAGAAAAAAUUUAAAGACCCAAGAAAGAUCUGGUAUGAAUUAUAGUGAUGUCCUGGUUAUCAGGAAUUACAGGUAAGGCAGAGCAGCUAUUAAAUAAAUUGGACCAAUCUGCUGCUGAUGCUUUAACUACCGCAGAGACCCAAUCUCAGGACUGUUCAUCAAAAUACAACGCCCUGAACAGUGUCACUUUGGAUUCUUCAUCCUUUGUUAACAAACCUUUGAAACAAAGCACCAUAUCAAAAACUCCAACAGUGUCAGAUAUUGAAUCCACCUCAAAUAAAAAAGUUAUUACGUCUUCAAUACAGACUGGUACCAAAACCCAAUUAAGUACCUCUACACCACAGUCUUGGACCAAGAAAAAAGUAGAUAAUGAUGAAGCAUUGUUCGACUUUCUGAACAGCAGUGAACCAUUAGAUACUUCUAAGAAGAAAGUAACACCAACUAGUAGUGCUCGACAUUCCAGACAUUCAAGUUCUUCUUCUGUAUUAUCAAAUAAGGGUGGAAAAAUAACAGAGAACCCUCCAUCGUCUAACAGUGGAUCGUCUAUUGUUCAUGUGGAUUCCAUCCAUGGCUCAGGAAGUGAAAGAGGAAGUCCUUCAGAAACAGAUGUAAAUGUAGAUGUUGCUACUUUAGCUGAAGCUAUGUUGGAUCAAAGUCCAAGCAACAGUGUUCAUAGCAGCCAAGACCAUGAGUCAAAUGGAGAAACACAAACUUUGUCAUCCCUAGAGCUUGAGAACAAACUUCUAAAGAAUGAAGUACAGUCACUAAAUCAGGAAAUGUCUUCAGUAGUUAACCGUGCUAAAGAAGCUGAAAUGGAGUUACUAAGACUGAAGAAAAAGAUGGAUGAAUAUAACCGAUCCUCUUCAAAACAUGAUCAUGUAUUGAGAGAGUUACAGACUAGAGAAUCAGAUCUAAUGGAAGUGUUAAAUGCUAAAGAUUCUCAGCUAGCUGUCUUGAGAAUAAGGUUAGAGGAAGCAGAUAAAAACCUGCAAAGUAGCAAAAAAGAAAUGGAUAGACUUCAAGGUGAAAAAUCAAGAAUACUUCAAGAUCAUACAGAUUCGAGUGGUAUGCACAGUCAAGCUUUAGAUUCUCUGAAACAGAAACUUGCUGAAGUAGAAGAUUCACUGAAAGCAGAGCAACAGUCAUACAAGCAAGCACAGCAAGAAUCAGCUGGUAGACAAGGUUUAUUAGAAAAAGAACAGAAAACAUUUACGGAUGCUUUAACAUUGGCAGAGAAGAAGGCUUCUGAUGAUAGAACAAAAGUGAAAGACUUGACGAAUCAACUGAAACUAGCUCGACACAAUUUGGAUUGUGCAAAGCAAGAGCUAGCUGAAUACAAGGAGAAAGCCACGAGAAUUUUGCAGUCAAAAGAAAGAUUAAUUGCAAGUUUAAGAGAAGGAUCAGGAGCCUCAGGGGAAUCUGUUGGUGUGUCAAAUCUAGAGUAUGAUUCUGUCAAGCAGGAGAGAGAUAUGUUUAGGGAAGAAUUACAGCAUUCAAAGAUGACAGCUGAAAAUCUAGGAUUAGAGCUGCAGGAAAUAGAGAGCCAGUUACAACAAGAUAGUGAUUCUGCUAAUGAACAGAUAAGGUCAAUGGAAGAGAAUUUACAGGAAGAAAAAAGAAUACGGCUAGACUUUGAACAGGAGAUUCUCAAUCAAAAGCAGGAGCUCCAGUAUACUGUUGAAGGAAUGAGUAAGCAAAAGACAGCAUUUCAAAAUAAGAUAGCAGAUAGAGAAGCAGACAUUGAGAAAUUACAAAAUCAGUUAACAACCAAGACCAUGAGUUCAUCAACAGAGGGAGAGUUAGAAUCCAGAGUUCGUUCUUUGACAGAAAGUUUAAUUCAAAAACAAACUAUGUUAGAAUCAUUAAGCACAGAAAAAAAUUCACUAACACUACAGCUGGAGAGAUUACAGCAACAGUAUAAAGAUAUACAGUCAUCAUCUUUACGUACAAACACAACAGUAGUACAAGUACAUGAGGAAGAUGAUGUCCGACAAAGACUACCAGCUUUCAUGAGAGAAGCACCAACUGAUGCAGAAGUGACAAAGAAGAUGAAAAGAGCUGUAUCUACCAUUGACAAAUUUAGCAUCAGACUUGGAGUGUUCCUAAGAAGAAAUCCCAUGAGUCGAAUUUUCAUUAUUUUGUAUAUGGUUUUGCUUCAUGUUUGGGUGAUGGUAGUGCUUAUGACUUAUCAACCAGAAAUACACGCUACAGACUCCAAACAACCAUACGAUCCACAGACUUAAAGUUGUAUUUCAAAUGUGACUGUGUGAUUAAAUACCUUGUGCCUAUAUAGAACAUACUGUUACAGAAAUAACUCUAUAUGUAUCAUUUAUGCUGCUCUUGAAAUUCAUAUCUUUUUUAUUAUCAAUGUAUUGGUAAUACUGGACAGCGUUCUAAAGCUCUGUGUAACAGUUAAUGGGAGAUUUGAUAACUGUAUGUGGAAUGAUUUAACUAAUAUGUAAAACCUUUAUGUUUGAGUUACUUUAUCAACUGAAAGAAAGGGUAUCACCACACCUUAUUUCUAGCAUA